UGUGAGCUCAGAGAACCUAGAAGAGAGUGGAAAAUGACAAGAGGACGGGUAAUGUCUGAGGAUGAAAUUCGGCUUAAUCACCACAAAAAACAUGUUUUUCACCUGAAGCCUGGUAUUUUAUUCUCAAGAACGUGGACCUACAUGCCCCGGGAAACUUUUCUUGGCAUCUAAUAAUCUGUAAGGCAGUCGACGGGAUUUUAUUUGCGGCGGAAAAGGUGCAGCUUGAUCCGUUAAGUUUUACCCCCCCUUCACAGAAUGCCGCGAAACAACAAAACUCCUCUCAUUCAGAAGAUAGCAAAGCAAGCUUUUAUGACCUUUAAAUGUUUGAAAUAUCCGAGCAACGGAGAUGAUACAAACUUUGCCGAAAAACAGGCUGAACUGAACUCCUUAGUGACCGCUAUCAGGGCAGCGGAUCUCAAAAUCGCUCCCCAGGAAUCCAAAGUGACAUCCGGUACAGCGGAGCAGCAGCCCCCGGUGAGCUACAUGCACAUCUGCGAGACGGAGAUGUUCAGCAUGGGGGUGUUCCUGCUCAGGACCGGAGCCUCCAUACCGCUCCACGACCACCCGGGCAUGAACGGGAUGCUCAAGGUCAUAUAUGGAAAGGUGAGCAUCAGGUGCUUUGACAAAGUAGAAAGUGGUCACCCCGUCAGUGCUGCCCCACCGCGGUUUGAUCCCCCUCUGCCUCCAAACCAAAACGAUUCUCUGCGAUGCGCUGUGCUUCGCUCAGUAGCUGAGUACUCUGAGACCAGCGGACCUUGCCUCCUUACACCUCAACGGGAUAAUCUCCACCAGGUGGAUGCUGUGGACGGACCAGCUGCAUUCCUGGAUAUCCUGGCACCGCCAUACGACCCAGAUGCUGGACGGGACUGUCACUAUUACAGAGUUCUGCAAAUCCAGGUUGACCCUGCAGGAACAGGCGAAAAGGGUAACCAGGACCAACAGGAAGAGAAGGAGGGGAAGGAAAAUGAGAUGUGGCUUUUAGAAGUCUCUCAGCCAGAGGACUUCUGGUGUGGAGGAGAACCUUACCCGGGUCCUGUAGUUUCUGUGUGAAACCUCGGACCAUUGGAACUAUAGCAGUACUACAAACUAAAAAAUACCGUCCGUAACCUACUCCCCGAAAGCAGAAAUUCAACCGAACUUCCUCAAGUAAAACAAGUGGUGUAGAAAAAGUAUUGCAAAUAUGCUAUUUCUGCUUGGAGACUGUAUUGCCGUGUACACACAUGAAUGUAAUCAGCCAACUAGACGUUUGACAUGAUCUCAGAAAAUAUCAGUGAAUGCUGACACAUGUGAUAGAGGAAAACAUGCCAAACGUUUUAUGGCUUACACUAAUUGAGGACUGUAACACCACUGAACACCAAAUAAUUAGAAGUAUUUCUUUAUUUUAAUGCGACCAGCAGCCAGCCAUAUAUAAAAAGACUGGUUAGUAACAAUCAAAUAUCAAACCAAAGAAGCAAUUGCAGUGGUGUUUCUCAGGAACAGACACAAACAGACAUUACUGGCUCAUUGUGAUCAUGGCGUUGAUGUGCCAACACUUGUUGAACUAAUACUGGAAGUGGAACUUGUCACACAGUCUGCAUCUUAACAUAUACAAUGACAUUUAGCACAACUCAAUACUCAAAUGUGUAUUCUUGUAUUUGUGUAGUCUUUACACAGUAGCAUGAGUGUGGCAGCAUUUACACAAUUAUACUUGCCUGCCUGUUCAUACUGUCUUUUGCCUGUAAAGGCAUUUUAAACAGCAAUGUAUGUUUUUUUUGCAAAAGUCUUCAUCACACCUUUCUAAUGCACAUAAUGUACUGGAUGUUUUCUUGUGUCAUAAUGAUAAUAUUGAUUUGAGAGAGCUCAUUUUGUGUGGAUGAAUAUUGUUUUUUAGUAUAGAGGCACACAUAUUAGUCUAUCACUAAACGUCUUUAAAAUUCCACAUUGUAAAUACCCAGUAAAGUAAAGCUUAAAACGAGUCUGGACUUGUUGGAUUAUUAUUGGCUCUUUAAAAGCUAUCAGGGAAGGUUUUUUUUUUGGUAUUAUACCUGCAGUUUUUUACUGUUACACAAUGUGAUAUUGUCAUUUUGAUGCUUUCUCAUGUCUGCUUUGUGUAGUCAAAAUGUGACAAGGAAUAGUAACUAUAGCUUUCUAACAUGUAGUGAUUUCCUCUACCAGUCUGCUUAAUUACUCUGGUCAUUUGUAAGACAGAAGUUAUGUGAGACUGUCAACCUCUAAAAGAGCUGACCACAGAGAUGACACUAUAUUUCAUAUGAUACGUAUAUGAUUUCAUAAAGACAUUUUAAGUAUUGUUUUCUUUGGGAAAACGUUGUAACUUCAUAGUACAAACAUCCCUGAUAAUAGCAAGCUGCUUGGGGGGGCUGUCAUGCCUCAUGAAAAUGUAGGAGCUAUUUACUUAUUUUUAGUCAUUGACUAAUCUUAUUUUUAACACAAAUAAUUACAUUUUUCUAUUCUAGUUCAAAAAUAUUACAUUUGAGAUAACUAUUUCAAUAAGACAUUUUGGUUUCCCCCACAUAGAACAAUUUGUUUAAAGAUUCUGCAGCAUCCCAAGGUUGCUUAAUUUAGGAAGUGCAAGUUGAAUAAUGCUUUUUUUCAGAAUAAAAUACUUAUUUCUAUUUCAAAAGUGCUGCUAAUUUCUAGAUAUAUUAAUUUAUUUAAGAUGUCUUAUCAAGUAAAAUUAUCUCUCCGUGCAGCUGAGUAUUUUCACUAGUUUUUGGUAUUUUUUUGCAGUGUACACGUUAUACGUUAUCAUUAAAACUAAAAACCAUAACUUCCAAACCUCAUCUUUUCCCCAGGAAACUCCUCGGUUUAGUCUUUUGUUCUUAGUGUCUUCCCGUUCCCACAUUUUUUCUCCGCAUUCUUCCCUAAAAAAAAAAAACACAGCCGAGAGUGUUUUGGUCAACUCAUCCUCUGCAACAGUCAGAAAAAAAUCAAAACACAUCUUGCAGCUUGUAAAAAGUUUGGCCUUCAAAAUAAAACCACGCCAGUUAAACACACCACUGCAAGUGACAAUGAUGCAUGUCAUGUGAUUCAAUCAAAUCAAAUCACGUGACAGAGAUGGAUAGCCAUGUAGACAUCACCAAAAAACAUCUGUGAACACAGCUUUACAUGUUUGGCUGCAAUAAGACAUUUUUACUGAGAAAACCAAACCCCAAGAUUGUGUAC